AUAAUGAACAUUGAUCGGUUGUUUUAUUUGUUACCAGUUAGAAUACAAAAUUUGAGUAGAAUCUUAAAUUUUAUUUUUCGAGUGCAAAGCAAUCAUAUUUCUGUGAAUCUAUUUGUAUUGAACUUUAUAUAUACAAUUUGUUAUUCUUAUUUUAUAGUGUGUUCUCCUAUUUCAGAUUGUCCAUUGUAUCGAUAAAAUGAGAACCAAUAUAGUAAUACCUUCAAUAAAACUGAUUAAAUACUGGAAAAUUACAUUAAUUAUUAUCGGAUUGCUUUUUAAUAUAUAUUUGUAUAUUCAUAUUUUAAAUAAACACGAUAGCAUAAUUUAUACAAACAAAUCAUCCACAUUAUGUAUAAACGAUAUUUUUACACAAAUUGUUAAAUCACAAAAUUCAUGGUUAGCAUUUAUUAAUGCUUUAAAUAAUUUACAUGUUAAUAAUUCUAAUCAAUUAGGAACAACUCAAAUAUCUACAGAAUUAUUCCAGUUUACAUAUUUUUCUUUGCCUAUAUUCAAUGAAACAAUAGAACUUCUAAACUUUAAAAAUCAAUUGAAAAUACUAUCUGAAUCUAUGAAUACAACAUAUCAGUUCAAUGAAAUUUAUACUGAAACAAUCAAUAACAAAAGUGUGUCAUAUGUUAAAGAUGAUAAAUCUGUAGGUGGAAGACAUUGUCCAAAAUAUUUCAAUAUGACUGAAUAUUUGAAUGCCAUGUUAAAUGGAUUUCCACCAAACGAAGUCCCCAUAAAUAAUGAACAUCUAUUUGUUUUGGAAACCCCAAGAAGUGCUUGUGAUCCUUGUCAUGAAAAACAGAAACUAAAUUUGGUGGUUUUAAUCAAAUCUUGCACUUAUUGCUAUGAACAACGGUCAUACGCGCGUAAAACAUACAUGAACAUAAGUCUGUGGAAUAACUUAACAGUCAGAUUUGUAUUUGUUGUUGGAUUACCAAUACCAAAUGAGACAAAUAUUUAUCAUUUUGAUGGUGUAAAUAUUCAGUUGAAUGGGAAAUCAUGGUCGGAAUCGAGAAAACGUGAAUUUUCUCGAUGGUCGGUAAUAAAAGAGUUGAGAAAUGAAAGCAGAUUUUAUGGUGACAUGUUGGUUGGUGGUUUCUUUGAUACUUACUUCAAUUUAACUACGAAAAUGAUGUUAUCUUUUCGUUGGGCGUGUACCUUCUGUAAGAAUAUAACGCCAUUAUUUUUAUUUAUUGACGAUGAUUAUGUACUUCAUCCGAACAAUACAAUGAAACUCGUAAAGUCAAUUAAAAUAUCAGAUAUGAAGUCAUAUGUCGGUGGUCCAAUUCAUGCAACAUCAGUUGUAUCGCGACCACAAAAUAAAAGUUACAACUCAAAGUGGGAUGUUUCACCUCAUGAAUAUCCAUGGAGUUAUUAUCCUCCAUACUUUUAUGGUAUUGGCUAUAUGAUUGGAGCUGACGUUGUAUGUGAUGCUUCUGUUACAAUGUCAUUUACACAACAUCUUCGUAUUGAUGAUGCAUACCUUGGGAUUGUUUUGGCGAGAUUGAGCAAGAAGCUCAAUCAACUUAAAGGGUUCAGAGUAUACACUGAUACAAAUUUCGAAGCAUCAGGAGCAGUUAUUAUACAAAAAUCAAGCGCUGGUUUACUGUUUGCUUAAACCACAAUAAUAAAUUAGUCUUUAUUUCUGUAAAUAUUCAGUUAUAAAUAAUCUUAUAUUAGUCAUCUGAAUAAAUGUAUAUUAUAGACAUGCAAAUGCUGUCUGGCUAACAAGAACUAAUUUUAAUAGUCAGUUCAUAAUUUUAUCGACUAUUGAGAAGAUCAUAAAAGCGUGUCAUACAAACCAAUUUAUACAUUUUAUGACCAUGAACUAUUUUUGUAUUCAAUAUUUCCUAUGUCACUGAGUUACUUUAUUAAACAAAGAAAUAAGAAUUAUGGAUCAAUUAUCCUGAUUUCUGGUUCAAGUUCAUGUUAAAAUUUGUGUCAAGAAUUCAAAUUUCUCCAUUAAUCAUCAAAUGUUCACAAUCUAUGCAUAAUAAUCAACAAACUGUCAUCAUCACAUGGUGCUUAUCAUAAGUGAAACAAAUGAUGAGCUAAGAUGAUAGCUUAAUUAAACUCUUAUUAAUUUGCAAUUAGUUCUUCAAAUUAGAAGUCAUAUUAUGUCAGAUCUAAAUCUUACUGGUAUACUAUAGCAGAAGUCACUUAAUCAGCAACAAAUGAUAGAAUAUUAAAGUAACAAAUUCCGCAUACCAUAUCAGAUAGUUCUGACAGUAAAUCUACACAAAAUGAUAAAUUAAAUGUAAAAAAACCAACGAUUGUUAUCAUGGAGAUGGAUCAAAAGUUAAUCAAAAGUAAUAAUGAUUUAAACUGAUUCGUAUAUAGAUUCUUACAUUAAUUAUCUGAAUAAACAAAAACCUAAACGUAAUACAUGCAAUUUUUAUUCAUUUCUAUAUUUUGAAUGUUUAUUUUUUUAUCAUCAUUGUAGUAAUUUGUAUUUGGAUUAAUUUUUCACAGGUUUGUCGAAUCUUUGUACCGAUUUGUUUUUAAUGAAGCCUAUUUUGAGCAAGGAUGCUGGUAGAAUGAGACAUUGAAUUAUUUUUGUGCUAUGAAUAACUUACCCGAGACUUUUUUCACCUAAUAAAUCUUCAGAUAUUCAUUUAUUUACUGGUGACUAUUAUUUUCAUUUGUAAAAUUUGUAUCUUAUUUUUAGCAUCAGAUCUCUUCAAGCAAUCCAUCGUCCAUUUUUAGUUACUGUUUGAGUAUUUCUCGGUGCCUCAUUUUGUUCCCUAAAGUUUAUGACCAUUUUCAGAGACCCUGUAUAUAUUUAUACAAGUUCACUAUUUGCUGAUAUCAGUCUUCUUUAGUCUCUAUUAAAUAAAUCUUCAUCCC